GGGCCCGUCAAGUUGCCGUGGCGCGGAGAAGUCUGCAAAACAAGAGGCUGAAGAUUGCGCCGGGGAGAAGCCACUUCACGCCAGAGCUCCAGGGAGGCAGCGUUGCGGGCGGAUCCGGCCGCCGUUGCGGGGACUCUUGAGGGAAAAGCUCGCAGCAGGUGGACGCGGCGCCGCCGCCAUGGGCAAGGGAGACCCCAACAAGCCGCGGGGCAAGAUGUCGUCGUACGCCUUCUUCGUGCAGACGUGCCGCGAAGAGCACAAAAAGAAGCACCCGGACUCCUCCGUCAACUUCGCGGAGUUCUCCAAGAAGUGCUCCGAGCGGUGGAAGACCAUGUCUGCAAAGGAAAAGUCCAAGUUUGAAGAUAUGGCCAAAAAUGACAAAGCUCGCUAUGACAGAGAGAUGAAGAACUACGUUCCUCCCAAAGGCGACAAGAAAGGAAAGAAAAAAGAUCCUAAUGCUCCUAAAAGGCCCCCGUCUGCCUUUUUCCUGUUUUGUUCAGAACAUCGCCCAAAGAUUAAAAGUGAACACCCGGGCCUGUCCAUUGGGGAUACUGCAAAAAAAUUGGGUGAAAUGUGGUCUGAGCAGUCAGCCAAAGAUAAACAGCCAUACGAACAGAAAGCAGCAAAGCUAAAGGAGAAAUAUGAAAAGGAUAUUGCUGCAUACCGUGCCAAGGGCAAAAGUGAAGCAGGGAAGAAAGGCCCUGGCAGGCCAACAGGUUCAAAGAAGAAGAAUGAACCUGAAGAUGAGGAGGAAGAGGAAGAGGAGGAGGAAGAAGAAGAGGAUGAGGAAGAGGAGGAAGAUGAAGAAUAAAUGGCUAUCCUGUAAUGAUGCGUAUGGAGUGUGUGUGUACGCUCAGGCAAUUGUUUUGCUAAGAAUGUGAAUUCAAGUGCAGCUCAACAUUAGCUCAGUAUAAGAACUGUACAGAUUUUUGUAUAGCUGAUAAGAUUCUUUGUAGAGAAAAUACUUUAAAAAAAUGCAGGUUGUAGCUUUUUGAGGGGCUACUACAUACAGUUAGAUUUUAAAGCUUCUGAUUUUGAAUGUUCCUAAAUAUUUAAUGGUUUAAUUUCUUGACUUGUGUAUGGUAGCACAGCAUACUCUUAGAAACUAGUUUACAUAGUAAGUUUUGGGUUUUUUAAGAUGUUGCGUUUUGUUUUUUUAAAAAGAUUUUGUAAUAAAAGUAUGUAUAUUA